ACGCUUCCUUAGAGGGAAGAGGAGCCGUUCCAACCGAAGCGCCCAGGCUUUGGCGGGGUCGGGGGGUUGUUUUUCGAAGCGAUCAGAGGCGCGGAGGGGGCUGUCGUGGCGAUGGAGAAGCUGCGGCGGGUGCUGAGAGGAGAGGACGACGAGGAGCAGGGCCUGACAUCGCAGGUCCUUGAUGCAUCAUCCCUGAGUUUUAGUACUCGAGUGAAAUGGUUUGCAAUAUGUUUUGUAUGCGGCGUUUUGUGUUCUCUCCUUGGGACAGGAUUGCUCUGGCUUCCAAAUGGAAUAAAACUCUUUGCAGUGUUCUAUACCUUGGGAAAUAUUGCUGCUUUAGCCAGUACUUGCUUCUUGAUGGGUCCAGUGAAACAGCUGAAAAAGAUGUUUGAACCAACAAGGUUAAUUGUGACAAUUGUUAUGCUGCUUUCUUUGAUCCUCACAUUAUUUGCUGCAUUUUGGUGGCAAAAGAAAGGGUUAGCUCUGCUGUUCUGCAUUUUGCAGUUUCUGGCAAUGACCUGGUACAGUCUGUCAUACAUCCCAUAUGCAAGGGAUGCUAUAUUGAAAUGCUUCACUUCUUGUCUAAGUUAAAGAGAAGCAGAACUUUUUCCAGUGCUUGGAAACCUACAUCAUUUCUCCUAGGAUUACUCCAAAUGGUUCAGGUCCUGAAACAGUGACAGCCUUCUUCACAACGGCGAUUAAAUUGUAUUAGCAGAAGAACCUUAAAAAAAAAAAAAGUACAAAACCAGGGCAUUUAUACCAUCACAAGACCCCUCAAUCCAUGCUUGUUCUAAAAAUAUUUUUUUUACUCACUCAAUGGUCUUAAAAUUGUUGGGUGAAAGUCUGCUAACAUGAUUUAAUCUUAAAAUUAUAUGAUCGUUGAGUUUCAGGUAAAAUGCAUGUAAAUACAUGUUCCUUAUUUUUUAUAUUUAUCUUUCCAAUUCCUCUAUUAUUUGUUUUAUUUUCCAAAGUCCUAUUAAACUGCAAAUUGUAAAAUGA